AUGUUUAAUCGCAACAACUUCCCUUCCGUCAAUCCUUUUAGCCCGAGCAGCGGCAGCUCUACCCCCAGCGGGGACAGAAUGGGCGCACCGCGAGACCGUUACAAUAGUCCUAGUCCACAGUCAUCUGGUCAUGGCCCGGAUCCUCGACUGGGUGGAGGGUAUGCGACUCCACUCCGUCGUCCUGAUUCUGAUUUUGAUACUGUGAUGACUGAUGGUUAUGAUGAUAAAAGGAACUACGACCGAUCGCCCAUGGCCCGUGGCCAGCCACAGCAACACAUGCCUUCUGGGCGGGGACCCGGCAGGAUGCCGCCGAGAGGAGGAGGAGGUGGGGGUGGCAUGGGUGAUCAAGUCUGGACUCUGCGCCCAGCGAAGAGUCCAGAUAAUUCAUAUACAUAUGGAAAUCUUGUCGCAGUAUCACCGCAUGAUAUCCCCCCUUCCCGCGACGGUUCCGAUGUCCUGGUUCUUGUAAACGAUAUGUUUGUCUUCUCUGCGCGUCCUCUCGAGGGGUUCCCUCCGGGACACAUUAGCAUGUCUGAUCCACAGAGGACGUGGGCCCAAGUCGCACUAACGGAUAUGGUCACCGUUCGGCUGUAUGACAUUUUUAGCCAAGGUGGGCAAUCAUACCUUGCAUCGAUGGAUAUGGAAAUUGGGUUCGCCGGCAAGAAGAGGACAGAAAUGCCUUAUGAUCAAGAUCAACUUGCGCGAGUCGUUACUCGGAACUUCGAAAACCAAAUCCUGGCCCCCGGCCAAAAGAUUUUGAUGGAUGAUAAGAGUAUCCCUUUACUGUUAACAGUCAAAACGGUUCAACUCGGAGAUUUAGCUUCAGAAAAAGCAAAAUCGUCCUCGGCCCCGACGACAUCUGAUCCUCACGCUAGAGGAAUUCUAACAUCUUUUACUCUGAUCAACUUUUUUAAAGAUGCAAAAACAGGAAUCAAUGUGAAACCUUCCAAUCGAAGGCCCGCGGCAAACUCAAUUAUCCAACCUGAUUUUAAAUUCGAAAACAUGGGAAUCGGCGGUCUGGAUAUGGAGUUCAGUACUAUAUUUCGGAGAGCUUUUGCUUCCCGGAUUUUCCCCCCUGGACUCGUAGAGAAACUCGGGAUUCAGCAUGUCAAAGGGAUUUUGCUCUAUGGACCGCCUGGAACGGGAAAGACUCUGAUUGCUAGACAAAUCGGCAAAAUGCUCAACGCUAGGGAGCCAAAGGUUAUUAACGGACCCGAAGUUCUAAACAAAUAUGUUGGACAGUCUGAAGAGAACAUUCGAAAAUUAUUUGCGGAUGCGGAGAAAGAGUACAAGGAAAAGGGAGAAGAAAGUGGUCUCCACAUCAUUAUUUUCGACGAAUUAGAUGCUGUUUGCAAGCAGCGUGGUAGCGGCGCCGGCGGCGGAACUGGUGUUGGUGACAGUGUCGUCAACCAACUUUUGUCAAAGCUAGACGGUGUUGAUCAACUGAACAACAUCCUCUUGAUUGGAAUGACGAAUCGUAUGGACAUGAUUGAUGACGCUUUACUGCGGCCGGGACGACUAGAAGUACAUAUGGAAAUUUCGUUGCCAGACGAGCAUGGACGGGCUCAAAUCUUGAAAAUUCAUACACAAAAGAUGAGAGAAAACGACGUGAUGGAUAAAGAUGUCGAUCUUCUUGAGUUGGCUCAGCUGACUAAGAACUUCUCUGGAGCUGAAAUAAGUGGUUUGGUGAAGUCGGCAUCGUCGUUUGCGUUUAACCGACAUGUGAAAGUCGGCACGAUGGCUGGUAUUAGUGACGAUAUUGUCAACAUGAAAGUCAAUCGCCAAGAUUUUCACAAUGCUCUUGACGAGGUGAAACCAGCCUUCGGCGUUUCCGAAGAAGAACUCGAAAGCUGCCUGCACGGCGGGAUCAUCAAUUAUUCCCCUGAGAUUAACAGCAUCCUAGGUGAAGGCAAAUUAUUCGUCAACCAAGUGCGCGAUCCUCAGUCAACGACUUCUCUCUUCUCGGUCCUCCUCCACGGGCCGCCAGGCAGUGGUAAAACAGCCCUAGCUGCCAAGAUUGCCAUCGAUUCAGACUUUCCAUUUGUCAAACUCAUAUCCCCGGAGGAUAUGGUGGGUUAUAGUGAAGCCGCUAAAGUCUCCCACAUGAACAAGGUAUUCAUGGAUGCAUACAAGAGUCCCACCAGCGUUGUCGUGAUGGAUAACAUCGAGCGAAUCAUCGACUGGGUCCCCAUUGGGCCCCGUUUUAGCAACACAGUACUGCAGACGGUGAUGGUGUUGUUAAGAAAGAAACCGCCCGGGGACCGCCGCCUGCUUAUCCUCGCAACAACCACGGAGCGCUCCAUCCUGAAGCAGCUUGAUGUUUUCAGCUCCUUUAAUUCUGAUAUCCGUGUGCCAAAUGUGAACACCUUCUCUGAACUGUCCUACAUCUUGAAGGAAGCACAGGCGUUCUCUUCGCAGGAGAUAGACGGUGCAAUGGCAGAGCUGCGCGGGCUGACACAGAGUGAGCAGAUUGGGGUUGGGAUUAAGAGAGUGCUUCUUGGGAUUGGCACGGCUAAGCAGGAUACUGAUAGGGCAGGCAGGUUUGCUUCCGUUAUUGCGAGGGCGAUGGAGGAGCAGAAUUAUGCUUGAUGGUAAAUGAUGGGAUUUUGGCGGGUUAAUAUAUAUUAUAAUUUUUGUAGGUCACGCACUGCUAUGGGAUUUUCUAUACUAGAGGUCAAUUAUAAGAUUUCCUUAU